AUGAAUCUGCCUCUACUUAAUGUGAUUCGGAAUGUUCCAGCGUAUGUAAAGUUCUUCAAAGAACUAGCAUCAAAGAAAAGGAAAUUCGCCGAUGAUGUGAAAAUUGUGGUGUCUGAAUUGGCAAGUGCAAUAUUGCAGCAUCAACUUCCACCAAAGCAACGAGAUCCAGGAAGCUUUGUUAUCAAAAUUGCUUUGGGAAAUGGAAAGGAGACAUCAGGUAUGUUGGAUUUGGGAGCAGGUAUUAAUCUAAUGCCAUUUUCUCUAUUUGAGCAACUUGAAUUAGGGGAUCCUACACCUACUCGUAUGUGCUUGCAAUUAGCUGAUAGGUCUGUUUGUUAUCCUAAAGGGAUUGUCGAAUAUAUAUUAGUUAAAGUUGGUGGUUUAAUUAUUCCUGUUGAUUUUGUUGUCUUGGAUGUGGGGGAUGUGAGAGACAAUGGAAAAGAGCAUACUUUGUUGUUAGGUAGGCCGUUUAUGGAAACAACCAACACGUUAAUUGAUGUCAAGAAUGGAACUUUAAAAAUGACUGUGUUGGGGGAAACAGUGUCUUUUUCUGUUCGAGAUAAUAGUGUCAUACCUGCUACAUCUCUUAUGGAAAAUUGCUCUUUCGUUGAUGUUAUUGAUGCCGCGGUCGAGAUGGUAUUUUUGCAAGAGAAUAGCCUUGAUAUUGUACUUGCGAAUUUAGAGGCUUUGCAACUCUCGGAACUUGAUGAGUUGAGGAAUGAGGUGUAUGACAACGCCAAGAUUUACAAGGAUAAGUUCAUAAACUGGUAUGGUUCUGAUGGUGAUGGAUUGAGAGCUCAUAUGCUCAAUCUUCUUGGGAAAGGGCCAAAUUUGGAUAUUGAGUGA